AUGCAACCCGCCACCUCGGGAGCGAGCAUCCCGCCUCCAGGGACUCGGAGGGCUAGGGUAGCACUGGCAUGUCAGCGCUGUAAGGGAAGGAAGCAGAAAGUGAGCGUGACUUGCGUCUACGAGCAAGCUAUUCGACCGCGCUACCCAGGGGGGAAAAUGCUCUAUAUCAAUGCCCUCGAGGAGCGGAUUGCUUUCCUUGAGGCUCGACUGCCUGAGUAUGGAGAAGACCACUUGAGUAGCAGCCUCCCGUCCAAGGAGACGCACUUCGACGCGGAUCGUCGUCUCUCCCAUACCGGGGAUGAUUCGCUUUCAGAAGAAGACGCAUCCCUGGUAGAUGGUGUUGCUUAUCUUUCCUUAUGUGCUUCAGGCACUGCUGAUGACUCUGCCAAUGAUCCGUUCUACUUCGGUUCCAGUUCCGGAGCAUCCAUCGCACGCAUGAUACAGUCUUCGAUAUUCCGUACGAAGAGACAUGCCGAUGGAGCCACCCCAAAACAAGGCAAAGUAGCUCGAAACACUUCUAUCUCUUCUAUAAGCUCAGCCUUUCCAAUUGAUUCUGCUCUUGAGUUCCCCCCUCCAGAUGAAGCGGAGCCUCUCUUUCGUGUCUUCUUCGACCGCUUGCACAGUCGAUGGCCAACCCUAGAUAGAGCGCUGUACACUUCUUUCUUCAAGAGACAGUAUGAGAAAGGAGCAAUACCUAUAGUGGAGCGGAGUAUUAUGCACCUUAUUUACGCAAUAUCCGCUAGGUAUAUGCAGCUAACCAAGAUGGCCUGUGAAAUAGACCCCGAGGUUCACUUCGGCGCAGCGGUAGAGCCGAUGGAAUAUAUACUAGACCAACACAACGUGUCGACCGUCCAAUUCCUUACCCUACUUGCCGUGUUCGGGCAAAGAAGCCCGUAUGGCGCUGGCGUCUGGUCCCAAGUUCGAUAUGCCAUAACUCUAUGCAUUGAGUUAGGCCUACACAGAAAGCCAAGUGCAAGCACACCGGUCAAAAACUCACGCGACCUAGAGAUACGCAAACGCACCUUCUGGUCCUGCUACGGUCUCGAUCGACUCACCAGCUUACUUUUGGGAAGAACCUUUGCAAUAGCAGAUAGGGAUAUCAAUGCUGAUCUACCAAGCGUUGCACAAGAAUUUUGGGAUCUCUCAGCUGCGCAAAGCCCCCCGGAAGGCCCGACGUCCUGGAGCAACAUAAUGCCCUUCAAUCACAUCAUUAGACUUCGUCAAAUUCAGUCCAAGAUUCAUCGAAUAGUCUUUCGAGUAGACGUGACUCCAGCUCCAAAUGAUCGAGCUCGUCUAGACGCCAAGAUGGCAAAUAUACACGCAGAGCUGGAUGAGUGGGUGAAGGCAAUACCGUUUCCUCCUAAAGACGCCCAGGAACCGGCAUGGAUGUACAUGCCAGACAAAAGUUACCACGAUUCUAGUGAAUACUUCACAUUGCAGUAUCACAAGACCGUGCUCUCCUUAUAUACCUCUUUGCUCCCAGUAAUACCUUCUACGGAUCCACGCUUCAUCUCUUGUGGUAACUCCUCGGCCCAAAUCUGCCUUGCGUACAGGCGACUUCAUCAGCAAAGAAUCUUGUCUUUCACAGUCAUCGCUCUUCACUCCUGCUUCAUAGCAGGACUAACAUUGAUCUACUGUCUAUGGAGAGAUCGGUCGCUUUUUUCCUAUGAUGUUCUUGAUGCUACCCGAGCAUGCAGCCAAACAUUGACGCUAUUCGGAGAGAAAUGGACCGGAUCAACCAAAUACGGAGACAUCUUCGAAGCGUUGUCCGGCAGUGUCCUGCGCGUUGUUAUGAAUCCGGGUCAGCACAACUCGGAUGUCCGGCAACCAAAGGUCAUACUGGAAUCGAUUGAAGAGGCUCCUCAAGGGCAUUCUAGCGCUACAAAUGCUCCCGUGGCUCCCAAUCCUAUACUGGGUGCAGUCAAAGAGGUGUUUAUGGAAGUCGAUGAAGAGGUACCAGGCGGUUGGCAAGGCUGGAAGAUGUUCAACGAAAUGAUUCAGUCACAUGCCCCAACUACAGCAAUUCCGCAAGAAACCCCAUCUGCCAACGGCGAUGUAUUUUCGGCGCUAGGCGAAACGAUCACUGAGGAGAAUGCCGAUUGGGACGGUUCAAACGGCCUCUAUGACGCCGAUAGCAUGACAGGAUUCAUGCAAAUGGACUCUUCCGCGUUCCCUAAUGGCAAUGGAUGGGAUCAUGGCUUUCUUGGAGUUUACGAGUGA